CACCUCCCAUCGGCUGUCGCUCGACCGGGCAGCUGUUUAUUUUAUAUAUAUUUUUUUUACAACUAUUCCUUUUAUUUUUUCUUGCGGCCUCUACCCUGCUUUUACAUAGUCAUAGAUUUUAUUUUAUCUCCCCCCCUUUCCGCAACUCUCCAUCCAACCCUCUUUCUGGCUGUGUUCUGGGCAUCUCUCCAGCCACUAGCCCGCCUCCGUCUCGAUUCGCAUUGCUGCACUUCCCCGGUUUCCCAGACCAGUCCUGCUCGACUCGCUGGCUUAUUGCUUUUUUGUGAACAGAUAUCCCUCGCCUCCACCCGCCUCCUUCUUGCUCCAGCUAUCGCUUCGGCUGUUCUCCUCCCAAGCUCUCGCACAUCCCUUCCUUUACCCUUUUUUCGCUCGUCGCUCUCCAUCCGCCAUGGAAUCUUCGCUCAAAUCCUUUGUCCCGAACGGCGGUGCCUCCGCCUUCGUCCCGGCCGGACCCAAUUCACAGCAGCAGCAGCAACAACAGGCUCGCCAGUCUCCCUUGACCUGCACCGGACACACCCGACCUGUGGUGGACCUCUGUUUCUCCGGAAUCGUCAACGGCGGCGUCGACUACUUCAUGAUCAGCGCAUGCAAAGACUCGGUUCCGAUCUUCCGAAACGGCAAAACGGGGCAGUACAUCGGAUCCUUCAACGGCCACAAGGGCGCUGUGUGGAGCUCCAAGCUCUCUCCCGAUGCAACCCUCUCGGCCACAGGUUCGGCCGACUUUACUUGCAAGGUCUGGGAUAACGUCACUGGACAGCCCAUCGCCACCAUGGAACACUCGCACAUUGUUCGGACGGUCGACAUCUCCGUCGACAGUCGAUAUGUCCUGACCGGCGGGUUCGAGAAGAAAGUCCGGAUCUUUGACCUGAAGAACAACUCGGCUGCUGGCGGCAAGGAGACGGCCAUCCGAUGCUUCGAGGGAUUCAACAACGAAAUCAAAUCCGCUCUGCUGGAGUCCAAUCUUGGUAUCGCUUUUGUGGCCGAUGGCAAGGAGCUCCGCGUCUGGGAUCUGCGGACCUCGGCUCAAGUCAGCACCCGCGGUUUCGACGAUGCCAUUUCCAGUCUUCGAUUUUCCCACGACCGCCGAUUCUUGAUCUGCACCUCCGGGAAGAAGGUGCAUUUCUUCGACACGGUGAGUGCCCAGCUCCUUAGGACGUUCGAGACAACGAUUCAGCUUUCCUCCGCCUCGCUUCACCCCGACGGCUCCCGGUUCGUCGUCGGCGGGAGCAGCGAUCUGUGGGUCCGCGUUUACGACUGGGUAUCAGGCCAAGAAAAGGAGGUCUACAAGGGACACCACGGACCAAUCCACUGCGUCAGUUACAGCCCCGACGGACACUUGUACGCCUCGGGCAGCGAAGACGGCACUGUCAGAUUAUGGCAAACGAUUCCCGGAGCCGUCUAUGGUCUUUGGCAGUAGCCGCUCCCUCCAGCAUGGACUGCGCUGGAUACCAUGCAAGCCCCAUUGGCACGGCGUUCCAAUAAAAAACGGGACACCCCGGAUUAUGGUCGUUAA